UCGCGCCCUGUCUGUCUGUCGACCCUCAUUCAUAAGUAAAUGUGUUCUUUCCAUGGAAUACAAAAAGAUGCGAGAGAGGGAAAGGAGAACUUCCGGGGAGUCAAGGGAAGAGAUCCAAAGAAGAGUGCGACCUUAAAUCAUUUUCAGAGUUUUUUUCCAUCCUCUUUGAUCCAUUUUCUGCACUGUGAACGUAAAGACGCACAAUGAGCCUGAGGACUUGCUGUCGAGAUUGCAGCAGAGGUUUCUUUAGCUGCCAACUGAAGAAACAGAGUGGUAAUACAAACAAGCGUUCCUGCUGCUGGUGCACAUUCGUCAGUAUUGGGGCCCUGGUUUCCAUCUGCUGGAUAUAUCUACUGAUCAUUUUCAAUGACGGAUACAAUUUAAAUGCGAAACUCUUCUAUAAGUUUCACAAGCAUUUGAAUUAUUUCAUGGUAAUGAUGACCGUUUCUGCCAUGUUUGCCAGCUACUGUGUUCUGCUGCUGCUUUUUGCAUUGGUUCAAGUUGCAUUGAGAGUGAAACUUCAUCUACACUGGCUGCACAGGAUCCUCAUUUUUAUAGGCGUGAUCUUAAUCGCCCUAGUGAUCACAGUAGCACUCAGUUUAUUCCCUCACGACCCAUGGACGGUUGCACCUAUUUCAUUCCAGUACACGGGUCCUUUCUUACAAUUCGGUGCUGUUGGAGCCUGGACUCUGCUCAGCUGGUUCAUCUUCCAGGCUUUCCAUGAGGCAAAAAAAGGAUCAAAGUGGAUAAUUGGUCUGGUAUUUGUUAUUGUGUCAGCAUUCAUCUUUUCCUGUCCCCUCCUCAUCCACUCACCCUGUUUGAUAUACCUAGAGGAUUUAGAAAACACAACCAAACCAAGUCUCUGGGGCCACAGAGGAGCACCAAUGCUUGCCCCGGAGAACACCAUGAUGUCGUUUGAAAGGAGUGCAACUGUUUGCAAUGUGGCGUUGUUUGAGACAGACGUGCAGCUUAGCAAAGACGGAAUUCCUUUUCUGAUGCACGACAAUAAGUCAGGGUUCCUCAAUAGAACAACAAAUAUUACAACACUGGUCGAAAGUGGCAAAGAGUGGAACUUUAAUAAGCUGAGGAGUCUAAAUGCGGGGGAAUGGUUCAUUAAGGCAGAUCCUUUUCAUACAGUGCACCUGCUUAAAGAAGAACAGAAAAAGAAAGCUAAAGAGGAAAAAAUACCUAAACUAAGUGAGCUACUUGAGCUCGCCAUAAAGACAGAAAUUCCCGUUAUGUUUGACUUGUAUGUUCGUAAUAACAGUAAUACCGAAGAGGUAGAUAAAGACGCUGAAGACAUUGUGAAGACCAUCCAGAAUUCUAGAAUUGACUCCAGACUGAUCUACUGGCUUAAUUCAGAAAAAAGAAAGCGUCCAACAAAUGCUGCAAACUUCACCCAGGUUUACGAAAACGAAGAUGAGAUGCAUGAAGAAAAUGGAUUUCGCCUCAAUGUGAAGUUUAGUGAAUUUAGUAUGGACAAAAUCAGGGAUCUUCGGAAAGAAGGCGUAAAGGUGAACGUGUAUGUGGUGGACAGGCGCUGGCUCUUCUCUCUGUUUUGGUGUGCAGGGGUCAGUUCCGUCACCACCAACGCCUGCCAUGUCCUAAAAGAGAUGGAGCAGCCUGACUGGCACAUGUCACCCGAUGUAUACAGAACAACAUGGAUAUCGGUAGAUGUUGCAUCCUUUUUGAUAAUGAUUGCUAUCUUUUGCUAUCAGUGGAAGAAAAGAUGUUCAUAUCUCAAUGAAGGGAUCACCAGCGCUUCCCCGUCUUAUGAAUUAGAAAUCUCUCCUUUAGUUUAAACACUAACAGACCUCGCCAGGCCCAGAGCAGCUGCCCUUUCUGCAUCACCACAGCAUUAUUAAACCUUUGCAGGUCAAAAGGAAGAAAAAAAAAAGAGUAUUGGGCAUA